AUGGAAUACGAUGUCGAUGGAUUAACAUGGCGUAGAGGUGAUUUGAUUGGAACAGACGCAUUCGGGUCAGUCUAUUUGGCUACUCCCAAGAAAUCUGAAUCACAACAGCUCGGUCCCUUUCCAACCCAGAUGGCAGUGAAGUCGGCUGAACUCUUCGAUUUGGGUUCGCUUCGAAUGGAGAAGCAGGUUUUGAGCAUUCUUCAUAACACUAAUAAGUGCCCUUACAUUAUCAAGUGCUUUGGAGAUGAGUAUACCACCGGCGAGAACGGCGAAAACGUGUACAAUCUUUUGUUAGAGUACGCUUCAGGUGGUUCCCUACAUGAUCUGAUCAGGAAAUCACGUGGUUCUGGGUUGCCAGAGUCCGAUGUGAGGCUUUACACGCACUCAAUUCUUCUUGGGAUCAAACAUGUUCAUGAUUGCGGUUUACUUCACCUUGACAUAAAGCCGGAUAACAUCUUACUUUUUCCUUGCGCUUCACGUACUACUGGUUCCACUAAGUUUAUGGCUAAAAUCUGUGAUUUUGGGCUAGCAAAAAAGGCGAAUCAGGGGAAGUCUGCCGUGAGAGGAACUGUUAUGUAUCUAUCGCCAGAGGCUGUGACUGAUUGCAUACAAGAGGCUACCUCUGAUGUUUGGGCCAUUGGUUGCGUUGUUCUCGGGUUGCUAACCGCGAAGCAAGUUUGGGCGAGGAAAGCAUAUUGGAGCACUGAUGAAUUUGUCCACAAGAUUGGUCACGUGUUUGGAACGCCUGAAAUUCCAAGUGGGAUAUCAGAGGAAGGGAAAGAAUUUGGAUGA